AGGGUUUGGAACGCGCCCACAAUGGCGGCCCGCACUCUUUACACGAGCUAAGUGUUCUAAACACACACUAGCACAGUGAAGUGCACCCUCCUCACCUAGUGCAGCUCUUUAUGAUGCAGACAGUAGCGUUAUACAGUUUAUAGUGUUUAUAGGUUAACAGGAGUAUUGUGGAGUAAUAUCACUGGUUACCUGAGCAGUUCAGCUCUUCUUCAGAAAUGCUGUCUCUGAAAGAGAAGGACCGUCCCAUCAUCAGGAAGCUGCUGGACGCUGGGUGCUGUGGGAGAUGUGUUCUGAGGUUCUGCUGUGUGGGAAAAUACUCUUCAUAUCAGCUCUCCAUCGAGGACAUAAAUAAGCAGCUGUUGGCGUUCCUCAGCGAGGCUGAUGACCAGCCAUCCUGUGAAGCAUCAGAUCCCACACAAACUGAAGACCCUCCCAGUAAGAAGCUAAAGCUGGAGACCCUGCAGGCUGGAGAUGAUGGCGGUACAGAGACCCUCACAGCAAACGCUGAGCCCAAAGUCCAGUCUGAGAUCUGUGUGGCCUGUCUGGGGGUCCUGCAGGACUUCUGUGAUCAGAGCUACACCACACAGGUGUGCGACGCUGUGAGAAAAGGGGAGUAUCAGUUUGACAGUCUGAUGCUGGCGGUCUCACUUCCAGCUCAGCUGUCUGUCAGAGAGCAUUCCUGCUGGCUUCAUGUCAAGAAGGAGGCCAGGGAGAAGAGCAUGUGUCUGGAUAAGGAGGACCUGGUUCAGGUGAAGGAUGCUUUUAAAUGGGCCACCCAGGGAAUGGUGGGGAAAGACCUGGGAGCUUCUGUACUGACCAAUAGUGGCUUUGAGGUCAGUGUGGGUUUUACACAUGCAGAAACAGACGGCGACUGCCACUUCCUAGCCACAACAUGUUCUGACUGCUUCAAACCUACAAAGAAUAAAGCUUCUGUCUUUACUAGGAUGGCGGUGGUAAAAGCUCUAGAGAAAAUUUCAGAUCAGAAGUUCCUCAGUAACUACCCAUGUCCACCGGUCCAUCCCGCCACCAGAUGCACUCCUCUAGACACCACCUUACUGCACGCAUCUGUCUUUAUAGCAGGCAGGUAUAAUAAGUUCUCUCGGGAGCUUCCUCAGACCCCGUGGGUGAUAGAUGGAGAGAGGAGGAUGGAGGGAUCGGUGGAGGAGUUGAUUGCUGGUCCUCUGCUCUCCUCCUUCAGAGCUGAUGGCUUCAACUUUUCCUCGUCUGGGAGAGAAGACGUGGAUGUUCGAACUUUAGGGAAUGGACGGCCGUUUGCCAUGGAGCUCCUGAACCCCCACAGAGCCAGAUUUAACAAAGCAGAGAUCAGGCAGCUUCAGGAGACAAUCAACACGUCAUCUGAUAAAAUCCGAGUGAGAGACCUGCAGAUCGUAACCAGAGAAGCUAUGGGUCGUAUGAAGGAGGGCGAGGAGGAGAAGACGAAAACCUACAGCGCCCUCAUCUGGACUAAAAAACCUAUAACUCACACAGAUCUGGACUUUAUUAAAAAUAUAAAGGAGCUGAAGGUGGAUCAGAAGACCCCGCUGAGGGUGCUGCACCGCAGGCCGCUGGCCGUCCGGCAGAGAGUCAUCCACUCCAUGAGCGCCAGCUUCCUGGAUACACACCACUUUAAACUGCAGCUCCACACACAGGCCGGGACCUACAUUAAGGAGUUUGUUCAUGGAGAUUUCGGCCGGACUAAACCGAACCUCUGCGCUCUGAUGGACUCUGAGGUGGAUAUUCUGGAGCUGGAUGUGGAGUCGGUGGAUGUGGAUUGGCCACCUGCUGUACCUGAGUGACCAGUGGGAGGAGCUUCUGGGGAAUAUUUAAAUGCAGCUUCAACAUUUGGGAACGUUCAGUUCAUCAUCUCCCAUUUCUAUUCUCAUUUCUACAGGCUGACGGAUGGAUUUAGAGCCUUGUUUUUUGUUUUUCGUGCUAGCUUUAAUAGCUCUGUAGUCCUAAUAAAUCAGAGUAAAUCUGACACAAUAUCCCUCAUUCCAUUAGAAAUAUACAGUACUGUGCAAAAUGUACCAAAAGCACUUGAAGAAUCUGCAUAAAGAACCUUUUAUCUGGGCAGUAAGUGUGUAAUAUAAUGUUUAAACUAAUGCUAACAAACAAAAAUGUGGAAACAAGAAAAAUAUACAAGUUUGGUUCUAUUCUUUAGUUUCUAAAAUAUCUAGAAACAUACAAUUAAUCAAUUAAUAUUAUUGGGUUUAUCUUUUAAAGAUAAUUUUAAAAUUGUAGAUUAAAAAUGGAAAACAGGGCUCUACAAAAGCAAUACACUGACUCUGCGCCGUAAAUAUCACGCCCCAAAGAUUGCACAAUAUUGAAUUUAUGGUCAUGCUUCUUCAGCAUCAGCAGCCGGAGUCAGAGAGAGAGAAAGAGAGAGAGACGACAAUUAGUCAUGUUGUUUGGAAGACAAGGAAAUAUAGCAAAAAUACACUUACUAAGCGAAUGCACUUGCUAAACAAAUGCCCAGAUAAACAGCUUACUAAGAAUGAUUUAUUCAAUUACAUAAUAAAUAAAAAUCAAUAACUGAAUGUGUUGUUCAGUUUAACAUCUUUUGCAGAGUUUAUGUACUGUAUUCACUGAGUAUACUAACCCUCUAUGGCAUGGUGUUGCCCUCAGGCAACAAACCAAUUUCCUGAUUAUUGCACUUAUUUUUAUAUAUAAAGAAGUAUGUGUAAAUGCCUCUUUAUAUGACUAUUUCAUUUUCAUUUACUUCUAUAUAAAACAUAGAUUUUUUUAUAUUUGUUUCCUCAGGGCAACAUUAUGCAGUUAGAUGACACAGGAAUCACACUGAAGUGGUUCUUGAAGUGUAUAUAUAUUUAUAUAUAUUUCAGUAAUUUUAGAAUGUGAACCUCGUAUAUUAUAUAGAUGUAUUAAACACAGAGUGAUAUAUUUUAAGCGUAUUUUUCUUUUAUUGUUGUCGAUUUGGCUUACAGCCAAUAAAAACCCAAAAAUCAAGUCUAAAGUCAGUGCAGUUUUGUUUUCCCGCAAAAUCUUACAGCCCUUCAUGCUUCCCUCUGCUACUGACAACUUUUAUAGAGAUGCAGAUUUCAUUUUCCAGCAGUAUUUGGCACAAAAGUACCAAUUGGUCUUAUAUAUAAUAUUCUAAUUUUCUGAGACACUGAUUGUUGGGUUUUUUAUUGGCUGUAAGCUUCAUAAUCAUCAACAAUAAAAGAAAUAAACGCUUAAAAUAGAUCACUGUAUGUUUAAUACAUCUGUAUAAUAUAUGAAUUUCACAACUGAAUUACUGAAGUAAAAUAACUUUCCAAUGAUAUUAAAUUUUUUUUGAGAUGCACUAGUAUAUAUCAUGCUAUAGAGGGUUAAUAACACAGACACAUGUUAUAAUAAUGUAGUAUUUCUGGAUGAUUAAAAAGGCCAGUGUUACAACUUAUUUACAUAAUUUUACUACUAACAACAAGUACAUGUGAACAGUACCAGCUAUUUAAGUAGGAUGAAUAUUGUGUUUCAUUUUUUAUUAGGAGAGUUUUCAGUUUUAUUUAUUCUGCUGGAAUAAAUGAUAAUAAAUCAUUAAAUCUAUAAUAUUA